ACCUUGACACACCGAAUAAAAUUAUUUCGUAGCAGUCGGCGAAUAGUAUUUACAACUAAAUAUUUUGCUACUGUUUUGACAAUUACAUACAUAAUUCGUAUUCGGGAUUUCUUAUUUGUUGAUGGCAGUGUUCUAAGAGCUGUUACAGCUCAACCAUGAGACGAUGAUGUGGUAACCGUUUUAGUCGACAUAUCAUAGUGGCUACAGUGCAACAAAAUAUGGUCGUGCGUUUCGCCUGAACAGAUAGUGGAGAUGUGUGAGCAGACUGAAAUAAAUUACUUGGACGGAGAGGUGGUGUGGGUGAAGCUAGGGUCAUGCUGGUGGCCCGGAGCAGUGAUCGGGGCGGACAAGCUCCCCCCAGAUGUGCUGCCAUCGUUCAAGAAGCCUCCCAUAGCAGUCGUCAAGUUCUUUCAGGAAAGCACCUACGAAUACGUGAAAAACAUCAAUUCAAUUUACAAAUACAACUGCAACCGCAAACAUGACUUUAUAAAAAAAGGAUUGUUAAUGUACAAAUCCAAACAUGCCCACAUGGAAAAGUUCCCCGAAGAUGUGAUCCGAGCUGAAACCGAGACGGGAGGCGACCCGGACAUCUUGACCAGUGAAGAGUUUCAAGAAACCAAGAAGGAGAGCUAUGCGGGCAUUUUCGGUAGCGCAUCUAAGAAAGCCCCAGGAACUCCCGGUGAAACAAGAUAA